AUGCGUUCCGUUCUGCUUAGUGGCGUGGCCGCCCUGAGCUACGCUUUGGGCGUCUCGGCCAAUGCCUACAACACCUCCGCCUAUACCGAUUCGGCCUCUGGCAUCGACUUCCAGAGAUGGUGUGAUACCGACGAUACCGGUUUCUGUUUCGGUAUCGCCCUGCCCGAGGAUGUCAGCACCGACUUCAUCGGUCAGCUGACCGUCCCCCUGUCCAGCUCCAAGGGUUGGGGUGGUGUCAGUAUGUCGGGUUCCAUGACCAACGUCCUCCUGAUUGCCGCCUGGCCCGAUGGUGAUUCGGCCGUGGGUACUCUGCGUGAGGCCACGUCCUAUGUCUCCCCAUCUGUCUACAGCGGUGAUGCUUCGAUCGAGGAGAUCCCCGACGGCACCUCCGUCAACAGCACCUACCUGACCUACACCUUCCUGUGCAAGGGCUGCAUCAUCGGUCAGCCCACCACCUUCGACGCCAACUCGACCCAGUACUACUUCGGCUGGGCUCUCAGUGCCUCCAACCCCACGACUCCCUCCUCCGCCUCCUCCAAGAUGCCCUACCACGCUGCCGGCUAUGGUGGUUUCGAGGUGCAGCUGGCCAACGCCAAGUCGUCCAAGUACUCCACCUGGGCUUCCAAGGCUGUCUCGACCCAGUCCACUGCUACUUCUGCUUCCGCCUCCUCCAGUGCCUCCGCAUCCGCCUCUCCCUCCGCCAGCGUUGCCGCCACCGUCUCAAACACGACCUACGAUUACAUUGUUGUCGGUGGUGGUGCUGCUGGUCUGGUUGCCGCUGAGCGCCUGGCCGAGACCAAGAAGAGCGUCCUGCUCAUCGAGCGUGGUGUGGCCCCGACCGUCGAGCUGGGUGCUACCGACUCCCUGUCAUGGAACUCUUCCAUCACCGCGUACGACCUGCCGGCUCUGGGCACCUACAUCCAGAGCUCCGACUACGUCAGCCAGUACCUCUGUGAUGACACUGCCGGUAUGGCUGGUUGUGUUCUCGGUGGUGGCACCAUCGUCAACGCCAUGUCUUUCAUCUACCCCCAGGAGGCUGAUUUCGACGACAAGUGGCCCACCGGCUGGAAGUGGAAGGACGUCAAGGCUGCUGCCGAGCGCCUCUACGCCCGCAACCCCGGUAGCACCCUCCCUUCGGCUGAUGGCAAGCGUUACGACCAGGGCAUGUACACCGUUCUCUCCUCUUUCCUGAAGGGUCUCGGCUGGAAGUCUGUCGACUCUCAGGAGCAGCCCAACGAGAAGCACAUGGUCUACAGCUACCCCUCCUGGGAUGUCGGCAAUGGUAUCCGUGCCGGUCCUGUCCGUUCCUACCUGCCCCUGGUCGAGGACGCUGACAACUUCCACAUGAGCCUGAACACCAAGGUCCGCCGCGUCGUCCGCCGCGGUGGUCGCAUCACUGGUGUUGAGGUCGAGACCUCCUCUGGCAGCGUCGAAAUCAUCAAUAUCAAGACCGUCCAGAGCGGCAGCACUGGCAUCACCGUGCCUCCCUCCGAUGAAUGGAUCAACNUGCCCGUCGGCGAGAACCUCCGUGACCACCCCAUGUUCACUGUCACCGUCAACACCAACAGCAACUUCACCCACUUCAACACCUCCAGUGCCGUAUCCGACCCCGCUGCUCCCAUCCGCAACCUCUACGCCGAGGGCUCCGGUGUCCUGACUCAGGGUGGCCACCGUCUCCAGUUCUGGACCUCCAACGUCGGCACCGACGGCGUCACUCGCUUCUACCAGGCCUCCUGCAGUACCACCGAGGAUGGUGUCAUCACCAUGAAGCUGUACCUCACCCACGGUGCCACCUCCACCGGUGUUCUCGGCAUUGACUCGACCGGCUCCACCACCAUCGAGACUUCCCCUUACCUGAACACCGCCGCCGACAAGGAAGCCCUUACCCGCUUCCUCAACGGCCUGAUCGCCGACAUGAAGAACUCGACCGCUGGCUUCUCCAUCCAGGGUAGUGCGACCGCGUCGAGCAUCCUGGACAAGCUGACUGCCGGUGACCACUACGUUGGUACUGCCAAGAUGGGUGUCGACGAUGGCCGUGAGAGCAAUGGCACCUCCGUUGUUGACCUCAACACCAAGGUCUACGGUACUGAGAACUUGUACAUCGUCGACGGCAGUAUCCACCCCGACCUUCCCACCGGUAACUCCCAGGCCAUCAUCCAGAUCGCCGCCGAGGCCGCCGUUGCCCGCAUUAUCGCCCAGGGCACCAGCGCCACCUCUGCCUCCGCCUCUGCCUCCGUCUCCGUUGCUGCUUCCACCCAGGCCGCCUACGCCUCGACUACUUCCGAGGCUGCUGCCGCCACCGAGACCGAGACCGCGGCCGUCACCUCCACUGAGGCUGUCACCGCCUCUGCCGUCCCCACCACCGGUACCAUCUCGUCUACCACCGGCUCUUCUUCCUCCUCCUCUUCUUCCUCCGCUGGUUCCUCCAGCGAGUCGGAGAGCAGCACCGGUGCUGAUGACAACGAGGGUGAUGAUGAUGACGAGGAGUACGACUGCGACGACGAGGAUGAUGAGGAUGACAGCAGCAGCGGAGUCGAGACCUCCGAGUCCGUGACCUCCAAGGUCGCCGUGGCUACCUCUGCCGCUGCUGACUCGGGUGCCUCUACCACCACCGUGUGGGUGACCUCGACUGCCUGGACCACUACCACUGAUAUGGUGGUGGCUACCAGCACUUCGACCGUGACUGUCUGGCCCACCUAUGCUUAG